AAGCUAAUUGAUGAAGCCUAUACUACAUUCGGACUUGAAAGCAAUGGCUGUUAGACGACUCUUUCUUUCAGUUCCUUCGAGUUUCUCUAUGGUCUGGCUUAACCAUGCGAUAACUAACAAGCUAUUGAUCUCUCUUUUUGUCCGCCACUAAUGUUGAGCCCUCCUACAUAAGUCUCGGUCUAUACUUGGGGGACAUGGGAUUCCACAGGCCAAGCGUUUAGUACCGGGAUACAUAACCCUUUCCGUCAGUCCUAUUACACUACCCCUGACGUUAUUCGGAUCCCAUGUAGACUUAAGCUCCUGUGAAUUGUUCCUAUCCAUCUCUCUUCCUAUCCCCGACUUAACACCUUCGACAUAGCUAUAAUGGACCCCUUCUCCAUUGUGUCUCGUCUUUUCCUCGAUGUCGGGAUCUUAUCUUGGGAUAUCCUCCUUACGCUCUCCAAUCUCGUGAGGAGGAAGCGUCGCAUCGGGCAUGUCACCCCCCAGGGCCACCCAGGCUAUGGAAAGCACUGGCCUGAGUAUAGCCCUCCCAAGGAGACCGACUCCCGCUGCUCUUGCCCUGCACUCAAUGCGAUGGCCAACCACGGUAUCAUCCCACGCAGUGGCCGCGACAUCUCGUUUGUCGAGGUUGGCGAUCAUAUCCGGACGACAUACAACUUCAGUCCUACCUUCUGCUCAUUUGUGCCGCGCUUUGCCGCUCGUAUGCUCAAGAAAAACUACAGCGAGGACUUAUUUGAUUUGGAAGAACUUGACCUACAUAAUGGUAUUGAACACGACGGAUCCCUAUUGCGCCUCGAUUCCGCUCUCGAACAGACACAAUCGACAAAGCACGUACCUUUCAUUGAAGAGUUACUUACAACAGCUACGGGCAAGGACAAAAAAGACAAUACUGUCAUCACCACCAAAGAUCUCUCCAGGAUACUGGGCAAGCGGCGUGCAGUCGCACGCGCAGUAAACAAGGAGUUCUCUCUCAGCUUUUUCCACAAGAUCUUCGGGAGCACGAAUGCCGCAACCUUAGUCACUGUCUUUGGAGGCCGUGUAGACGACCUCCAUAGCUUCCUUCAUGAAGAACGACUCCCAGAAGGCUGGGAGUCGCACAUCCGCCAACAUCACGGAAUAACUCUGAUGCAGUUAAACAAGACCAUACUAGGAAUUGAGCUUGGUGUGCGCGAGCAGGAUUGGGCAGAGGCUGCACGGGAGGCUGCAGAACGUCAUAAGGUUUCUGUCUAAAAACAUGUCCCGAAGCUACGUGACGUUGGGAACUCGUCUGACGUUACCAACCUUGCACGCAUUGCCCGCUCUCCCUUAUUUGACCGCGAUACCUAGUAUCUCUAAGAACGAUCAUGAUGAUGAGUUCAUUACCUUUGAAUGUGCAUUGAUGUUCUUGGUCGUUUCACUCACAAUUGACAACAAC